GGUCGCUGUCCUCCCCGUUCCUCCAUCCAGUCGCUAAUCUAGCAAAGCAAAAGGCACAAGCUUCCCCUCCGUCUGCCCUUCCUGCCACCGCCGGCCGGAGAGGCGAUGGGGUCCCGCUACGAGGUGGAGGUGACCGUCGGUUCGGCCCGGGACCUCAAGAACGUCAACUGGCGCAACGGCGACCUCAAGCCGUACGCCGUCGUCUGGGUCGACUCCGGCGCCAAGUGCUCCACCCGCGUCGACCUCGACAACGGCGAGAGCCCCUCCUGGGACGAGAAGCUCCUCGUCCCGCUCCCGCCCUCCUCCCGCCUCGACGACGCCGUCCUCUACCUCGACGUCGUCCACGCCAACGCCGCCGAGGGGGUCAAGCCGCUCGUCGGCUCAGCGCGCCUCCCGCUCCGCGACGUCCUCGACGACGCGGGGAUCGGGGGGAAGGCCUCCCGCAACCUCCGCCUCAAGCGGCCAUCGGGGAGGCCACACGGCCGCCUCGACGUUCGCGUCGCCAUCAAGGAGCCGGCCAGGUACUACGACCCCAACCCGUACCCGGCGCCGGCGGGGUACGCGCAGCACGGCACCCGUGACCCCUACGGCUCCGGCAGUGGCGGCUACUACGGCUCCGGCGGCGGCUAUGGCGGCGGCGCAUACGGAUCGGGUGGCUACGGCGCCGCGCAGCCUUACGCCGCGGCGCCCCCGGCAGGGUACCCUUCGGCCUACGGCUCCGCGCCGCUUCCGCCGCAGCCGGCGUACGGUGCUCCUCCCGCUGCCACCGCGGCGUACGGCGCCGCGGCACCCGCUGCGUACAGCGGCGCCGCGCCCGCGUACGGCGCUGCUGCUCCCGUCGCCGGCGCCGACGGCAAGAAGAGCAACAAGAUGGGGAUGGGGACGGGGUUGGCCGUCGGCGCGGCGGCGGGCGUGCUCGGGGGCCUGGCGCUGGCCGGCGGGGCGAGCUUGCUGGAGAACAAGUUGGAGGAGCGCGUCUCGGAGAGGGUGGAGGAGAAGCUGGAGAGGGAGGACUCGUACGGCGGCGGCGGCGGCUACGGGGGCGGCUACGACGAUUACGGCGGCGGCUACGACGACGACUACUGAUCGGAUCCGGACGCGGAUCCAGUCAUUUCGCCGGCUGCUGUGCUAAUCGAUCCGCCGCGCAUGAUAGCCAUGGUUUCCUAUGUGUGUCUGAAUCGGCAAACCAAAUCCUGUUCUUCAAGUUCUUUCCUGCGUCGUGUUUAAGAAUGUUGUUAUUUGAGACCUGAGAUCGUUCUCCGAGGAUCUGAGCACUGCAAAAUAUAAAUCAAUCUGCCCACAUGA